AUGUUCUAUGUGGGGGACUUUGAGAUAUUGGCUUGUCACACAAGUGUUCAAAAACCAUUCACUUCUUCCUUCAUACAGUACAAAUUGCAUGAGGCAAAUGUGGAGGCCCAGACCUUGGUCUUGGAGGCUAUUAGGCUGGAUGGUUUGGAGAAACUAUUCAGCCUAAAUGCUUAUGAAAAAUGGUUACCUGAAGUGUGCUACUGCAAAAACACCACUCCCAGUGACAUGCCAUUCAAUCCCACCCUUGAUAGGCACCUUGUGUGGGCUGUGAAUGCCAUUCCAUUCAUCACCAGCCAAUCACACCCAUCUCACCAGUCUGUGGUAGGGAUGGGUAUCCUCUACUUGGCAUGCUGGAUUGAGGUGGCCUCUGUACAUCUGAAGCAGACUGCCAAUAUCACAGGAUGGCCUGCACAUUGGUUUGCAAACCUAGCAAUGGACUUGUUGAUGAUGGCCCAGGGCUUAUGGCCAUUGCCUGAGGCGCCAAUCACAGACCAUCUCAAUGGCCAUAUCAAGGAGCAGGAAUAUGCUGAUGUUGUCAAUGGUUGGGGUCAACAAAUCAACCAUUUCUACACUAGGUGGUGGGCAUUGUGCAGGUUGUUGGGCAUGCCACUUCAAUAG